AUGGCCAUCGCACUCCCCGAACACAAGGGCGAGGAAGCAAAGACUAAAACACUACCUUGGGCAAUGCCCAAAAUUUUGAUCGAUGGUGGUAGUUCUGUCGAAAUAUUAUUCUAUGAAACACUCAAACAAAUGGGCCUCAAAGACGAGUGCCUCAUACCCUCGACUUACACUAUAUUUGGCUUCAACGGGUCAUCAACCCGUCCAAGAGGAGAAAUAACAUUAGAAAUUCGGGAUGGAAGAAUCCUCACCUUAACCACUUUCUGUGUGGUAGAUGUCUUGUCACCCUACACAGCCAUUGUCGGACGAUCCUGGGUCCACGGAAUCAAAGGAGUGGCCUCAACUUACCAUCAAAGGCUAAGAUUUCCUACGCCUGAUGGAGUGGCAGAAAUUAUUGGAGACUCGGGCGAAGCAAAGUAUUGCUACAAGAUGGACGUCCAAAACGGAGAGAACAAAGUAAAUUCUUCAAAGACACAAGCGAGGAGGGAUAAAAGUAUUGAUAACUCGAUUGAAGACCAUGACUACAUUGCAAUAAGCGAUGUACCAACACGCUUGUUUGAUGCCUCAACCUCAUGCAACACCAUAACCUCGGGACCGACCAUACAACCCUUAUAG